AUGCAAUCAUUUUUAAAUAAACUUAUACCACUUGCACUUACAGUUGGUACUGGUUUAUCAUUAGCACAAAGUUCAAUGUAUACAGUUGAUGGUGGACAAAGAGCAGUUAUUUUCGAUAGAAUUAGUGGUGUUAAAGAGAAAUCAGUUGGAGAAGGUACACAUUUCAUUAUGCCAUGGUUACAAAAACCAAUCAUUUUCGAUAUUAGAUCAUCACCAAGAAACAUAAAGAGUGAUACUGGUAGUAAAGAUCUUCAAACUGUAAGUGUCACAGUUCGUGUUUUAUUUAGACCAGAUGUUGAACAUCUUCCAUCAAUCUUUAGUAAAUUAGGUUUAGAUUAUGAUGAAAGAAUUUUACCAUCACUUGGAAAUGAAGUUUUAAAAUCUGUUGUUGCACAAUAUGAUGCAACAGAAUUAAUUACACAAAGAGAAGUUGUAUCAAAAGAAAUUCGUGAAUCAUUAAUGAAAAGAGCAAAAGAAUUUAAUUUAUUAUUAGAUGAUGUUUCAAUUACACAUCUUAGUUUUUCACAAGAUUUUACAAAUGCAAUUGAACAUAAACAAGUUGCUCAACAAGAAGCUGAACGUUCAAAAUAUAUUGUAAUGAAAAAUGAACAAGAGAAAAAAGCAAACAUUAUUAGAGCUGAAGGUGAAGCUGAAGCUGCAAAACUUAUUGGUCAAGCUAUGGGUAAUAGUGCUGCUUUCAUUGAAUUACGUCGUAUUGAAGCUUACAAAGAUAUCACUGAAUCUUUAUCAAAAUCAAAACAAGUUACUUAUGUACCAACUAGUGGUAACCUUUUAAUGAAUUUAAAUAAACAAUAA